UUCUUUUAAACUAAGAGCUUAAUUUUGUAAUGGGUACUUUGUACUAUUUGGGGCUGCCAAUGGAAAGCAUAUAAAGAAGGCACAUGCCAGAGCGAAUUUUGUGUGGGACAAAAGACUUUAAAGCCAAGCCUAUUGAGGGUUCUUGCCAUACUGAACCCAUUCGAAGAUUGAUCAUCAUCCACAUACCUAGCUAACAUGGCAACGACCAAAGUAAGCCUGAAGCUUUUCGUGGACAAGAAGGGCCGACGGGUGCUCUUUGCUGAAGCAGACAAAAAAUUUGUUGAUUUUCUCUUUAGCAUUUUCACUCUGUCGGUCGGAGCUGUUACGAGUCUUCUGAAAGAGGGAGGCGGCAUGGUAGGCUGCUUGCCAAGCCUCUACCGGAGCAUUGAAAAUAUGGGUGUUGCUUACAUCCAACCAGACAAAGACAAAUUUCUGCUACAACCCCACGUCGUCAUGCCUGGUGCUAAACUCCCUCUCCUAUUGCCAAACGUUCGCUCAACAUUCCGUCAAUUGUAUAGGUGUCCGAAUGGAUACCAUAACAGCAGCUGUACCAAUUACGUGGCUGAUGACGAUACCACAAUCUGUCCUACGUGCGACCGUAAGAUUGACGGGAAAGUAAUAUUCGUAGACCCACCAAGCGCAAUCAGGGCAUCCCUCAAUAGUGAGGAAGGUUACGUGAAACCGUUGGUUACAUACCUGGUGAUGGAUGAUAUGGAGGUGAAGCCCUCUUCCUUCAGCAUUCUUGCCACUCUUCUUAGCAAGUUUAAUGUGAAGGAUAUAGGGGAUAUUGAGGAGAAAGUUGUCGAUGUGGGCAUGGAUGAGGGUGUGCAAUUGCUCAAGGCUUCUCUCCGAUCAAAGACUGUUCUUACUAAUGUCUUCCUUCUGGCGGAGCCCAUUGGAAGCGAUGAGUCAAUUGAAGAUGAGGGAUUGAGGGGGUAUCUGAGAAAAAGACCAAGAGCUGAAAGAUGAGAUGGUCAAUCGGCUACAAGAGCUGGGACGAAAGCUUCAGAUAAUCUUGAAAUGUGUGCUCUAUAUUAAUUUCUACAUUCAAUCAUGACCGACUUGUAAUAUUCCAUGUUAGUCAAACGUGGUGUGUCAAUAAUUUGCUUUUUUUAAUAUUUUGUUUCUGAAUUUGCAUUAUUAUUUUUAUCAAAUUUAUAGUAAACUUCAGUUA